CCUUAAUAAAGCAUCUGUUAAGAUAAUUGGGAAACAAAUUGAUGGGUUUGUCGACAUGCUAGAGAUUUCAAAGAAAAAGUGCAGACAAAAACUAAUGGAAGAAGAUGAGGAGAAGGUUAUUUUGGUGUGGUUAUUUUUCAAUGGUUCAUUCUAUUUUCUAGUGAGGUCUAGCCAUAGAAAAAAUACACAAUAUAUUAAAAUAUUAAAACUUAAAUUAGAACUAAAAAAACUUCAAAAAUUUUAAAAAACGAGAAUAUACCAAUAUCAAAUAAGCAAUUUUGAUGGACCCAUCCUUGAACCAUAGUUUGAAAAGGACAAUUAAACGGCAAUGUUUAUGGUUGAGAAACCUUUUAUUAGUAUGAGGCUCCUCUCCUCCGUCUCUUGGGUCCCAUUCUCAGUGGCAUCAUCAACGCCAAAAGCAGCUGCUCCAUACAUGCAAGUGUGGAUUGGCGCCACAAAUCUGAGGAUGGACAAGAAGGGAGAAGAAGGAAAGGAACCGAGUGCAAUGGCGAGAGAGGCCAUUGUUGAAUUCAUGCCUGAGGUUCAUCAAAUGCAACAACUCGUAGCCACCGAGACGUCUGGCGGUUGGGAGAAAUGUUGGGAGCAGGGAUUGACGCCAUGGGAUUUAGGACGCCCAACACCUAUCAUCUUACAUCUUCAUCAGACAGGUGCCCUUCCUAAGGGAAGGGCUUUAGUCCCUGGAUGUGGCUCUGGUUAUGAUGUGGUAGCAAUGGCAUGCUCCGAACGCCAUGUUGUUGGAUUGGACUUCUCGCACACCGCUAUUGAGAAAGCAAUAGAGUUGUCUUCCUCAUUACCAAAUUCAAGUUACUUUACAUUCUUGAAGGCAGACUUCUUCACUUGGCAUCCACCUGAGCUAUUUGAUCUUAUUUUCGAUUACACGUUCUUCUGUGCUAUCAAACCAGAGAUGAGAUCAAAAUGGGCAUGCAAAGUUCAAGAAAUGUUGAAACCUGAUGGAGAGCUCUUAACACUGAUUUUUCCGAUCAGUGAUCAUGUUGGUGGGCCUCCGUAUAAAGUAUCAGUCUCCGACUAUGAAGAGGCGUUGCAUCCCUUGGGCUUCAAGGCAGUAAUCAUUGUUGAUAACGAACUUGCUAUCGGAGCUCGCAAGGGAAGAGAGAAAUUUGGGAGAUGGAGGAGGGAUACAAACACUCUUGAUGCACGAUCCUCAUUUCUUCGGGAGGAGGGCACAUUGAGCAUCAUCAUGAAUGAUGGUUUCUGAAGGAGUUGAAUCGCCAUCUCCUUGCUGUACAAGAUUCACUCCCAUCAUUGACUUGAAUCCUCUGGGAUUAUAUUCGCAUGUGAAUGUCUGUUCUAUCAUUUACAAGUGAAGAAUAAUAUCAAACUUGAAGAAUAAUAUGAUGAAUGCCUGUUCUUUACAUUGAUUUAAGCGGUGCAAUACCAAACCAAGAUUAUUGAUGACAUUAAUCAUAAGAAAAUAUAUUGAUGCAAUAUUAUUCAA